AUGACGACUGACAUUUCCGUGGUCCGGUGGGACCCAAGCCAGGGCCCUGGAAAUGAAUUCAUCGAAGAUAUCGAAUACGACGGAGGAAACUCCAGUUCACGUUUGUUCGAACGAUCACGCAUCAAGGCGUUAGCAGAGGAACGUGAAAGCGUUCAAAAAAAGACAUUCACAAAAUGGGUCAACUCCCAUCUCGUGCGAGUGAACAGUCCGAUCAAAGACCUCUACGUGGAUAUGCGUGAUGGUAAGAAUCUGAUCAAGCUGCUGGAGGUGUUGUCAGGCGAGCGGUUGCCACGACCGACCAAGGGCAAAAUGCGUAUCCAUUGCCUGGAGAACGUGGACAAGGCGUUGCAAUUUUUGCGCGAGCAGCGUGUCCAUUUGGAGAAUAUCGGUUCGCAUGAUAUUGUGGAUGGAAAUGCAAGCCUUAAUCUAGGAUUGAUCUGGACUAUCAUUCUGCGCUUCCAGAUUCAAGACAUCACAAUAGAAGAAACGGACAACAAAGAGACAAAAUCGGCUAAGGAUGCCCUGUUACUGUGGUGUCAGAUGAAAACGGCUGGUUAUCAUAAUGUGAACGUGCGCAACUUCACCACAUCAUGGCGCGAUGGCCUGGCGUUCAAUGCCAUCAUACAUAAGCAUCGGCCGGACUUGAUACAGUUCGACAAGCUGUCCAAAACGAACCCAAUCCAGAACCUGAACAACGCGUUCAAUGUUGCUGAGGAAAAGCUGGGACUAACAAAGUUGCUCGAUGCGGAGGACAUUUUUGUCGAUCAUCCCGAUGAAAAGUCCAUCAUUACCUACGUAGUAACGUACUAUCAUUACUUCAGCAAGUUGAAGCAGGAGACGGUUCAGGGCAAGCGUAUCGGCAAGGUGGUCGGUAUUGCGAUGGACAAUGAUCGCAUGAUCAAUGAGUACGAGUCGUUGACAAGCGAGCUGCUGAAAUGGAUCGAAGUGACAAUCGUACAGCUGGGCGAUAGGCACUUUGUCAACUCGCUCGUAGGAGUCCAACAGCAGUUAGCGCAGUUCUCUAACUACCGCACGGUCGAGAAACCGCCGAAGUUUGUGGAAAAGGGCAACCUUGAGGUGUUGUUGUUCACGCUCCAAUCCAAAAUGAGAGCAAACAAUCAAAAACCUUAUACUCCUAAGGAGGGUAAGAUGAUAUCGGACAUCAACAAAGCCUGGGAACGUCUGGAGAAGGCCGAGCACGAGCGGGAACUUGCUCUGCGCGAGGAGCUCAUUCGUCAAGAGAAACUGGAGCAAUUGGCCGCACGGUUCAAUCGCAAGGCUACCAUGCGUGAGACCUGGCUCUCCGAAAACCAACGCCUGGUCAGCACCGACAACUUCGGCUUUGAUCUUGCAGCCGUCGAGGCAGCUGCCAAAAAGCACGAGGCUAUCGAGACGGACAUAUUCGCAUACGAAGAACGCGUGCAGGCCGUUGUGGCGGUAUGCAACGAGUUGGAGGCAGAAAAAUAUCACGACAUCGAGCGCAUUGCUGCCCGUAAGGACAACGUGUUGCGUUUGUGGAACUACUUGAUCGAGCUGCUCCGAGCACGCCGUAUGCGACUUGAGUUUUCGAUUCAGCUCCAGCAGAACUUCCAAGAAAUGAUCUACAUCCUAGAUUCCAUGGAAGAAAUCAAGCAACGUCUGCUUACGGAUGACUACGGCAAACAUCUGAUGGGCGUUGAGGAUUUAUUGCAGAAGCAUUCGCUGGUCGAGGCGGACAUCAACGUUCUUGGUGACCGCGUGAAACAGGUGGUGCAAAACUCGCAAAAAUUCCUGGUAGACGAGGAAGACAACUACAAACCGUGUGAUCCGUCGAUUAUCGUCGAUCGCGUUCAGCGUCUGGAGGAUGCAUAUGCCGAACUUUGCAAGCUAGCAGUAGAACGUCGCUCCCGACUGGAAGAGAGUCGCAAAUUGUGGCAGUUCUACUGGGACAUGGCGGACGAAGAAAAUUGGAUCAAGGAGAAGGAGCAGAUUGUUUCAGCUGACGAGAUUGGUCAUGAUUUGACGACAGUAAAUCUUCUGCUGUCGAAGCAUAAGGCGCUGGAAUCCGAGAUUCAGUCCCACGAACCACAGCUUAUGGCCGUCAGUGAAGUUGGUGAUGAGCUGGUGCGCCGCGGACAUUUCGGUGCUGAUCGCAUCGACGAGCGUCUGAAGGAAAUUUUGGCUAUGUGGAAUAACUUGCGUGACUUGACGGAAUAUCGUCGCAAGCGAUUGGAGAACGCUGUUGAUUACUUCCAACUGUUCGCUGACGCCGAUGACAUUGACAAUUGGAUGCUGGAUGCGCUGCGCCUGGUGUCGUCGGAGGACGUGGGCCGUGAUGAAGCAAAUGUGCAGAGUUUGCUGAAGAAGCAUAAGGAUGUGGCAGAUGAGCUCAAAAAUUAUGCUGAAACGAUUGAACAGUUGCACGCUCAGGCAGAUCGCUUGACGCUAAAUGUUCCCGAGCAGGAGCGAGUACGCGAACGUUUGGCUGCGAUUGAUGCUCGCUACAAGGAGCUGAUAGAGUUGGCUAAAUUGCGCAAGCAGAGAUUGCUGGAUGCUUUGAGUUUGUACAAAUUGAUUUCGGAGAGCGAUGGUGUUGAGCAAUGGAUCGGUGAAAAGGAACGUAUGCUGCAAACCAUGGUUCCUGGCAAAGAUAUCGAAGACGUCGAGAUCAUGAAGCAUCGCUACGACGGGUUCGAUAAGGAAAUGAACGCGAAUGCAUCUCGCGUUGCCGUGGUGAAUCAGCUCGCUCGUCAACUGCUACACGUCGAACAUCCGAAUUCUCAAGAAAUUCUGGAAAAGCAGAAUCACCUCAACAACUCUUGGUCGAAGCUGCGUGAACAAGCUGAAAGUAAACGCGACGACCUGAAGUCGGCCCAUGGUGUUCAAACCUUCUACAUUGAAUGUCGUGAGACGAUUUCCUGGAUUGAAGACAAGAAACGUAUUCUUACCGAAACGGACAGUCUUCAAAUGGAUCUUACUGGUGUGAUGACCCUACAACGUCGUUUGAGCGGUAUGGAACGCGACCUGGCCGCGAUCCAGGCUAAAUUGACAGCGCUUGAAAAUGAAGCAGAUGCAAUUGAAGGCGAACAUCCGGAAGAGGCUGCUUUGAUCCGCGAGCGCGUGGCGCAGAUUCAGAUAAUAUGGGAACAGUUGACACAGAUGCUGAAAGAACGCGACUCCAAACUGGAGGAAGCAGGCGAUUUGCAUCGUUUCCUGCGCGAUCUUGAUCACUUCCAGGCAUGGCUGACAAAGACCCAAACCGACGUUGCUUCCGAGGAUACACCGACGUCUCUACCGGAGGCAGAGAAACUACUCAAUCAGCAUCAGAGCAUCCGUGAGGAAAUCGACAACUAUACCGAGGAUUAUAAGAAGAUGAUGGAUUAUGGCGAAGGUUUGACCUCGGAACCGACCCAAACCGAAGAUCCUCAGUACAUGUUCCUGCGCGAGCGCUUGAAGGCGCUUAAGGACGGAUGGGAAGAGCUGCAUCAGAUGUGGGAAAAUCGCCAGGUGCUUUUAUCGCAGGGCUUGGAUCAACAGCUAUUCAACCGCGACGCUCGUCAAGCCGAGGUUCUGCUCAGUCAGCAAGAGCACGUGCUUAGCAAAGACGAUACUCCGGUUAAUCUGGAACAGGCAGAAAAUCAAUUGAAGCGCCACGAAGCCUUCCUUACAACGAUGGAGGCGAAUGAUGAGAAGUUUAAUACGAUUGUUCAGGUGGCGGGCCAGAUGACCAGUAAGGAUCAUUUCGAUGCGGAUAAGAUCACCAAGCGCGCCGAAAGCAUCGCUCAUCGUCGCGAUGAUAAUCGUAACCGUGCGCUGGAGCUGCACGAGAAGUUGAAGAAUCAAGUGAAGCUGCAUGAGUUCUUGCAAGACAUCGAGGAGCUGACCGAGUGGGUGCAGGAGAAAUACAUAACUGCACAAGAUGACACGUACCGUAGCGCAAAGACCGUGCAUUCCAAAUGGACCCGUCAUCAGGCGUUCGAAGCGGAAAUUGCUGCCAACAAGGAACGUUUACACGAGGCAAAGAAAGCCGCUCAGGAGCUGAUGGUCGAGAAGCCAGAGUUUAAGGAGAUUAUUGAGCCGAAGCUGACAGAUUUGUCGAAGAACUUUGAUGAACUUGAAACCAGCACCAAGGAGAAGGGCGCACUCUUGUUCGAUGCCAAGAGGGAGGUGAUCGUGCAGCAGAGCGUGGAUGAUAUUGAUUCGUGGAUGGACGAUCUGGAGAAGCAGAUCAUCAAUACCGACACUGGCAACGAUUUGACUUCAGUGAACAUUUUGAUGCAGAAACAGCAAAUCAUCCAAACGCAAAUGGCCGUUAAGGCUCGUCAGGUAGAGGAGUUAGACAAACAGACAGAAGUUCUCACGAAGACCGCACCGCAGGACGUGGUCGAACCGAUCGUGGAGAAGAAACAGGCUGUCAAUGCACGUUUCGAGAAGAUAAAGGCACCGUUGCUCGAGCGUCAACGUCAGUUGGAAAAGAAGAAGGAAGCGUUCCAAUUCCGACGCGACGUAGAAGACGAGAAGCUGUGGAUCGAUGAGAAGAUGCCAUUGGCAGAAUCGACGGAAUAUGGAAAUUCGCUAUUUAAUGUGCACGUGCUGAAAAAGAAGCACCAGUCGUUGAACACCGAAAUUGAUAACCAUGAACCGCGCAUCAUGACGAUCUGCAACAACGGACAGAAGCUGAUUGACGAAGGACAUGAGGACGCCGGUCCGUACGCAGAUCUGAUCAGCCAGCUCACACAGAAGUGGCAGGAGUUGAAAGAUGCCGUUGAAAACCGCCACAGACAGCUGGACCAAUCUGAGAAGGUGCAGCAAUACUUCUUCGAUGCUGCUGAAGCGGAAUCGUGGAUGAGCGAACAGGAGCUCUACAUGAUGGUGGAAGAUCGCGGCAAGGAUGAAACGUCUGCGCAGAACCUAAUGAAGAAGCACGAAAGCCUAGAGCAAUCAGUGGAGGAUUAUGCCGAUACGAUUCGUCAGUUGGGUGAAACGGCCCGUCAGCUGACAUCGGAGCAACAUGCUUACAGCGAUCAAGUAUCCGUGAAGCAAUCGCAGCUGGACAAGUUGUACGCUGGUUUGAAGGAUCUUGCCGGUGAACGUCGUGCCCGUCUGGAUGAAGCUCUACAACUGUUCAUGUUGAGCCGUGAAGUGGACGAUCUAGAGCAGUGGAUCACUGAUCGCGAGGUCGUCGCUGGUUCGCAUGAACUCGGACAGGAUUACGAUCAUAUUACGCUGCUUUGGGAACGGUUCAAUGAAUUUGCCCAAGAUACGGCCACCGUCGGCAGUGAGCGUGUCGCCAAGGCCAACGGUAUUGCGGAUGAUCUCAUCCAUGCGGGCCACUCGGACAGUGCUACGAUCGCGGAAUGGAAGGAUGGGUUGAACGAAUCGUGGCAAGAUCUGCUAGAGCUGAUCGAAACGCGAAAGGCAAUGUUGGCGGCUUCGCGCGAGUUGCACAAGUUCUUCCACGAUUGCAAGGACGUGCUGGGACGCAUCAACGAGAAGCAGCAUGGCGUGUCAGAGGAGCUGGGACGCGAUGCCGGUGUUGUGUCGGCACUGCAGCGCAAACACCAGAACUUCAUUCAGGACCUGAUGACGUUGCACUCGCAAGUACAACAAAUCCAAGAGGAGUCGGCCAAACUGCAGGCGGCUUACGCCGGUGAAAAGGCUAGAGAAAUCACCAACCGCGAGCAUGAAGUGUUGAACGCCUGGGCGCAUCUGCAGGGCAUGUGCGAAGAGCGCCGUGGUAAGCUUGCCGACACCGGUGACUUGUUCAAGUUCUUCAAUAUGGUCCGCACGCUGAUGCUGUGGAUGGAAGACGUCGUGCGACAGAUGAACACCUCGGAGAAGCCUCGCGAUGUGUCCGGAGUCGAGCUGUUGAUGAACAAUCACCAGAGUCUGAAGGCCGAAAUCGAUACCCGGGAGGAUAAUUUCAGCGCAUGCCUGGCUUUGGGUAAAGAGUUGCUGUCACGCAACCAUUAUGCAUCCGCUGAUAUUAAAGAUCGCCUGCUGCAGCUUACAAACAGCCGAAAUGCUUUGUUACAUCGAUGGGAAGAACGUUGGGAGAACCUUCAGUUGAUAUUGGAAGUGUACCAAUUUGCCCGAGAUGCUGCCGUAGCCGAAGCAUGGCUCAUCGCACAGGAACCGUAUUUGAUGUCUACCGAGCUAGGACACACGAUUGAUGAAGUCGAAAAUCUUAUCAAGAAACACGAAGCCUUCGAGAAGUCUGCCGCUGCCCAAGAAGAACGCUUUAGUGCAUUAGAGCGAUUGACAACGUUUGAGCUCAAAGAAAUGAAGCGUCGCCAAGAUGCGGCCGAAGAGGCGGAGCGUCAACGCCUGGAAGUGGAAGCAGCAGCGCGUGCCGCCGCUGAAGCCGAAGCAGAAGCUGCCCGUCAGGCAGAGGCAGCUGCAGCACGUGAUGCUGCGGAUGCACCAGGAUCUCCACAUUCCACCAGAGAACAGGAGUCAGUUGCUGGCCAAUCGCUAGUGUCACGGCGGCAUUCCGGUGUACCGAAGGAACGAUCCAGCAGUUCCGCCAGCGCGUCGGCAGGAGUUAAGGUCAGUCGACGAUCUCGCUCCAAAAGCCCCUUCCGUAGCUUUAGAUGGAAGCGCACCAGCUCGAAGGCGGAUGACGGGGUUUCGGAUGACGAAGAUCGUCCUAGUCCAGGUGGAGCAGAGGAAGGUGCCCAAGAAGGCAUUCUCACGCGAAAACAUGAAUGGGAGUCCACCACGAAAAAAGCUUCAAAUCGUUCUUGGGAUAAGGUAUAUUGCGUUGCCCGCAGCGGCCGGUUAACAUUCUUCAAGGAUCAGAAAUCAACGAAAGCUGUACCGGAGCAGACGUUCCGCGGCGAGCCACCGCUUGACCUGAAAGGAGCCCAAAUUGAGGUCGCGAGUGACUAUACGAAGAAGAAGCACGUGUUCCGAAUCAAGCUAUCCAAUGGCGGCGAAUUCCUGCUGCAGUGCCACGAUGACGGCGAAAUGCAACAAUGGGUAACAGCUUUGAAAGCACAAUGCGAGCUUGACUCAAGCGGCGAAGGCCGUUCGCUGACGCUGCCCGCUUCCUCUCAGAAGGAUGAACAAAAGAGACGGUCAUUCUUUACACUGAAGAAAAAUUAAGAAAGUUACGAAAACAUACAUAAACUCGUUUCACAAAGUACUCCGACAUCAAAAACAACUUAUACUAUCACUACUUUGAACGACAAACGCGGGCCACUGUCACGUAAUUUUAUCCUUACCAAACUGCUAAACAAAAGCAAACGAGCGCAAGCUUUUGCACUAUCCAACAGUUCAGCAGUUCCAGCGCUCUUCCGCGAAUUCGGAUGUUCGAGUUAUGUUUGGUUUUGUUUGGUUUCGUAAUCCUGCAAAAAUGAACGAUGAAACGAAGAUACAUUACUUCCAAUCCUGUAUGUCAAACUGCCGCUGGAGACCCACUGCAAUAAACCCGGAUGCGGCGCAGCACGAUGCAUACAAAACGAACAAGCAAAACGUAACGAAACAAAACAAUAUGGCAGUUGCAGUGUAGCAUUCGCGUACCGCAAAACAAUAUUUUUUCAGUACUUUUACCGAAGCUGACGAUGCAGUGAAGAAUGCGGUUAGUUUGGCUUAUGUUAGGUUUUUCUGUUAUAUAUGUUAAUCUAGAGGACGAUAUUUUUUAUAUACAUUUCUAUUUCAAAUCCCGGACGAACACUGCUAUGUGUGCAAAAAAAAAUUUGGCGCUAUGCGCAAAUAUUACAAUGACGAUGGAAGUAAUCAAUUAUCCGCCAAGCAAAAAGUGUUACAAAGAUAGGAUAAACAUCUGUUCUGCAAUACUGAAAGACGGCAACACACAAAACAUUGCAUAUAUUAUCGAAGAGUCUACUUUGCAAAACAGAAGAAGAAAAGGAAGCAAAAAACCAACUAAGAUACAACUAUUAUAUCGCAAAUGUCCCCCAUUGACUCUUUUACUUUUGAAUACUUGCACAGCUGCUACGUUAUUGUGCAAUAUAAACAGAAAAAAAACUAUUUUGAGCCUGUGGUCAGUAAGGAAUACUUGCGAAGAAUCCGCAGCACGACAAAAUGAAAUAUAUAAAGCUGGUGUGCAGAACAGAGAGUGAAAGCGAUGAAAUCAUCAUUCGAACAGAAACACACAUGGCAAAGUAAUAACGAUUGAGUAAAAUGUCCUGGUAUUGCCACGACAACAAUAUUUAGUGCAAAUUUCCAAGGUACAGACCUUUUGUAGAAACAAAAAAAAAUGAAGCCGUAAAGUAGCUGAGAAUAACUGUAAUAAUCUAUUUAUUUAAAAUGAUAAUUUAUCACCACAACGUAGGCGAAGGCAGCAGUGGCAAAUACAAAACGAUCGUUAUUAGAAUGUAGCUAGCCAAGAUGCGUGUUUUGAUUAACUGAGGCGAACGAUUCAAUUUGAAAAAAAAAAACCUGUUCGGAUGUAACUGUUGGGCUCUAAGCCCGGUUGUGGGCUGCAAUGGAAGAAGCCAAGCCUACGUGAGAAAAUAGCGAACCGCUUCGGUUAGGACUUCGGUUUCGUUUCGCGAGAAAAGAAACUCUGAAGAAACACGCGACGCAAAAUUGGGCGAAGUAGUAGCGGACUAAAGGAGAACGCCUGGCUUUUUGAUGGCACCUUGCUAGUUGACGAUCGUGUGAACAGAAUGAUGUAAAAUUUGAGUUUUCUUUUCUCUUUUUGAAUAUAAUCCUUUGAACAACCAAUGUAUUAUCUCUUUCGCGAAUAGCGUGUAUUUUUUUUUUCGUUUCGAAGGAUUCUGUUGCCUUGGCGUGAACGUGAGUAACAUUGGUGAAAAAGAAAUCAACUGAAAAUUUCGUUUUUUUUUCUCUCGUUUUAAUUUAGCACCAUUGAAAAGGCAGCUGGGAAUUUUUUUUAGUUGAUUUCGUAUGAGUAGAUGUCCUGUGUGUCCUGCGUGUGUGGCGCGAACGGAACGGAAGAAAAUUCAACGUUGUGUGCGUCUAUUAGAAUUGUAUAUUGUCAGCUUUUGCUGUCCGCUUGUUUGCUUGUUCAGGCAUUUAUGGCUAGCGUAUCGAGAGAAAUAGCUUAUUAAGCGAAGCAGCUAAAGUCAUACGCCAACCGCGCUAUGAUUCGUUCGACGGGCCAAAGGUGUGCCACAUGUGUGACGAGAGUUUUUGCACCGACGCAUCACGUUCGAUGAAACGUUUUCAAACUGUUCGAAUGAGCGGAAAAUUACAUCCAGGAUCCGGGAUGUGGGAUCUAUGGCUAUGUACGCUGCACGGGAACAUUUGUUGGACCCACUUGCCGUAUAAACUCUUAGCCAUAACACCCAGCGAGGCUCCAACAAAUUGGCAUUAAAGUAUAUCUUUUUUUUUGUUGUUGUUACAAACAUGGUGCAACGAGUGCUAUUGUUUUCAGACGCCCUUUCAAUCGGUAGGUAAGCUAGCGCAGUACAAUUGCUAGUUUGCAAACAAACAAUAUGCGGUACAUGUUGUCUCCAACGCAAACAAAAAAAAUGUUAAUCCAUACAUAGCAAAGGAUGGAGUAAGCAGAUCGUAGCAACCAUAAACCGAUCGUGUUCGCGAGUUUUCGCUAAAUGCAGUGUACUAUUUAUUGACUAUUAUAAUGGAUGUGCGCGUGGUUGAUUUGCAUAUUUUAUUUUUGUUUUUUCGUAUGCUUAAGUACGCCUGAUGGCCUGCUAAUGAAAAAAAAAACCCAAUUAAAGUAAUGUUUUAGUGCUGGUAACGCGAAAUGCAAAAUAAAAGGGAAAAAUAUGGAUCAGGAAGUAGGAACUGACCAGCCAGAUGCAAGCGAAAAGGGCGUACGGUUUGUGCAAAAAGGUUUAGCUAAGAUAAGAGCACAUGAUACGAAGCGAAUCAAACAAAUACACCUAAGAUUGCACUAACAUAAAGCAAACAAAGAAGCAAACAAAACACAAAAAAAAACGAAGGAAGAGAAUAUAUUUCUAGACACAACAGGUGGCAGAGCAAGCUAACACAAACAACCAGUAGCGACAAUUAAAGUUAAAUUCCUUUCUGUUUAGGAUUACAAAGAAUGUAGAAGAAAGAGAACAACAACAACUAAAAAAACGACGCGAGCGGCGGAGGAUGUUCAAUCAAAUUUCAAUAUGAAUUAUAUAUUUUUAAACUGCCAGCCUACGAACGCGAACGCUGAAAAAAAAAACAAUAUAAAAUGCAUAACUAUUAUUAGUAUAUACUGAAAAAAAAGGGAAAGCUAUUAAACGAGAAAUGGAAUAAACAGCAUUACUUUUAAAGAAUCAUUA